AUGGCUGGUGGUGGUACUCCCAUUGGGCCUUCGGCCUCACCUCUUGGUCAAGCUUGGGGUUAUGGCAUCGUAUUGGGCGUCGGGUUCCUCUUCGCACUGGGCAUGGUAUGGGAGGUUUCAUCAGUACAAGCAUCAAGGGCUGACAAUGUCAAGGUCUUCACCACAUGGGUGCUCAAACGCUACAACAAUGAGCUGCAAACGUCCGAGAUGUUCUCAACUGCUGGCCGUACAGUCAAAUCUGGUCUUGUCGCAUCAGCUGUAGUGUCAUCCUGGACAUGGGCCGCUACGCUUUUGCAAAGUUCAUCAGUUGCUUUCCGCUAUGGUGUCUCUGGACCGCUUUGGUAUGCUGCCGGUGCCACUGUUCAGAUCUUGCUAUUUGCUACCGUUGCGAUCGAACUGAAGAGGCGAGCUCCUCACGCUCAUACGUUCCUCGAAGCUGUGCGCGCUCGUUAUGGAAAGGCCACUCAUUUCGUAUACAUCACUUUCGGCCUUUUCACCAACAUACUCGUGACAGCUAUGUUGUUGACCGGAGGAUCAGCCGUCAUCAGCUCUUUGACUGGCGUGCCUACAGCAGCGGCUUGUUUCCUACUUCCUCUGGGUGUCGUGAUCUACACGAUGUUUGGUGGAAUCAAGGCCACCUUCCUGACGGAUUAUGUCCAUACUGUCAUUCUUCUCGUAAUCCUUUUGACCUUUGCCUUCACCACGUACGCCACUGGCGACCGGCUUGGUUCGACUAAAGCGGUAUACGAGCGUCUACAAGAGCUUUCAGCGACGGCACCUGUUCCCGGUAACGCUGGAGGAAGUUAUCUUACAAUGCGGAGCAAGGACGGCGCCAUAUUCUUCGUCAUCAACAUCAUUGGAAACUUCGGAACUGUCUUCAUGGACAACGGAUACUACAACAAGGCCAUUGCCGCAUCCCCGGUUCACGCUCUUCCCGGAUAUAUCAUUGGCGGGUUGUCCUGGUUCGCUAUUCCGUGGCUUUGCGCGACCACCAUGGGUCUCGCCGCGCUUGCACUACAGAGCACCGAGUACUUUCCCACAUAUCCCAACGUCAUGGACGAAGCGUCGAUCAGUGCCGGUCUCACGCUUCCAUAUGCUGCAGUUGCGCUUCUUGGAUCCGGAGGAGCAGUAGCUACACUUCUCGUCGUUUUCAUGGCUGUUACAUCAGCUUUCAGUGCGCAGCUUAUUGCCGUCUCUAGUAUCCUGACAUAUGACAUCUACGCUACCUACAUUAACCCAGGCGCGAGCGGCCGACGUCUUGUUUACACGUCACACGUAUGCGUGUGCGGCUUUGGACUGGUCAUGGCUGCGUUCUCAACGGGGCUCUGGUAUGCUGGUAUCAGCAUGGGCUGGCUAUACGUCUUCAUGGGCGUGAUUAUCUCGUCUGCGGUGAUUCCGGCAACUCUCACGUUGAUGUGGAAAGGUCAGAAUAAGUGGGCAGCAACUUUGUCCCCUGUGUUAGGCCUGUGCUGCAGCAUUAUUACUUGGCUUGUCACCACCUCCAAGCUGAACGAUGGUGUCAUCACCGUCGCUACGUCUGGCGCCAACAACCCCAUGCUGGCUGGUAAUGUUGUUGCGCUGCUAUCGCCUGUCAUUUUCAUUCCAGUUUUGACGUUGAUAUUCGGAGUUGACAACUACGAUUGGGUAUCAAUGAAGAACAUUCGCCUUGUGGACGAUUCGGAUGUCACAGCAGCCGCGCACAUGGACCUCGAAGCUGUGCACGGCCGUCAUGCUGCCCUCUCACCAGAAGCCGAAGCCGCCGAGCAAGCCAAACUAUUCCGCGCCUCCAAGAUCGCAAAGAUCACCACUGCGACCAUGACACUCAUCCUGCUCAUACUUUGGCCGAUGCCGCUUUAUGGCUCGGGUUAUAUCUUCAGCCAAUCAUUCUUCUCGGGUUGGGUCAUCGUCGGCAUCAUCUGGUUGAUGUGCAGUACUAUGGCUGUAGGUGUAUAUCCUCUAUGGGAAGGCCGUGAGAGCUUAGCAAGGAACUUUGGUGGCAUGUGGCGCGACAUCACCGGAAAGGGUGGUCGUCGCGGAGGGCCGGUCACAGUGAUCGAAGGCGAAAAGACGGCUGAAUCAGGUACGCAUACGCCAAAGGAGGCUGACGCGAAGGCAUUGGAGGAGUAA